AUGGCCGGGCUGCAGCGGACAGGGCGCGAUGUCCCGGCCACCUCCCCGGGCGGCCGACCAACGACCCGCCAACCCGACGGCAAGCGCCGGGAGCGGGCCGCAACGCGGGGAGGAACCGUCAUGACGAAGCCGCAGAACGGCGCGGCGCGCUGCGCCGUGCUUGUCGGGCCCUACGGCAGUGGCAAGACCAGCCUGCUCGAGGCCCUGCUCUUCGCCGCCGGGGCGACAGAGCGCAAGGGGGGCGUCGGCGACAGCUCGGCCGAGGCCAAGGCACGGAGCAUGAGCGUCGAGCCCAACGCCGCCCACGCCACCUACCUGGGCGAGCCCUGGUCCUUUCUGGACUGUCCCGGCUCCGUCGAGCUGGCGCAGGACGCCCAGGACGCGCUGAUCGCCGCCGACGUGGCGGUGGUGGUGGCCGAGCCGGAGGCGGCCAAGGCGCCGGCGCUGGCGCCGCUGCUCAAGUUCCUCGACGACCGCCAGGUCCCGCACAUGCUGUUCGUCAACAAGAUGGACCGGCUCAGCGAGAGCGGCGGCGAGCGCGUGCGCGACCUGCUCGCCGCCUUCCAGGCCGCCUCCGCCCGGCCCCUGGUGCUGCGCCAGGUCCCGAUGCGCGAGAACGGCGCGGUGGCCGGCGCCGUCGAUCUGGUCAGCGAGCGGGCCUGGCACUACAACCCGCACGGCCCCUCCAACCUGGUCGAGAUCCCGGGCGAGCUGCGCGAGCGCGAGAGCGCGGCGCGCCAGCAGCUUCUGGAGACCCUGGCCGACUUCGACGACGGCCUGCUGGAGGAGCUGCUGGAGGACAGGGUGCCGGCCGACGAGGAGGUCUACCGCCACCUUUCGACCAACCUCGCCGCCGACCGCAUCGUGCCGGUCUUCCUCGGCGCGGCUGAGCAGGACAACGGCAUCCACCGCCUCUUCAAGGCGCUGCGCCACGAGGCGCCGGGCCCCGAGGUGGCGGCCGGGCGUCUGGGCGUGGCGCCGAAGCAGACGGCGGCGGGCGACGCGGUCUGCGCCGCCGUGGCGCGCACCCUCAACCUGGCCCAUGCGGGCAAGGUCUCGGUGGCCCGCCUGUUCCGCGGCAGCCUGAAGGAGGGCGACCGCCUGGCCGGGCAGCGUCUGGCCGCGCUGUUCCGCGUGCAGGGCGGCCAGCUCGAGAAGGUGAGCGAGGCCAGCGCCGGCGACCUGAUCGGCCUGGGCAAGCUGGAGGGCUUGAGCACCGGCGACCUGGUCUGCCCCGACAGCGUCGCCGCCGCCGACUGGGCCGUGCCGCUGCCGCCGGUCUAUGCCCUGGCGAUCCAGCCGCGCAACCGCAGCGACGAGGUGAAGAUGAGCGCGGCCCUGGCCAAGCUGCUGGAGGAGGAUCGCGCCCUGUCGCAGGAGACCGAUCCCGACACCGGCGAAACCAAGCUGUGGGGCCAGGGCGAGGUGCAUCUGCGCAUCGCGCUCGACAAGCUGGCCGGCCGCUUUCACGUCGAGGUCGACUCCCAGCUGCCGCAGCCCGCCUACAAGGAGACGAUCCGCAAGGGCGGCGAGCAUCACGCCCGCCACAAGCGCCAGACCGGCGGCCACGGACAGUUCGCCGACAUCAAGGUCGCCAUCGCGCCGCAGCCGCGCGGCGCCGGCUUCGCCUUCCACGACCGCAUCGUCGGCGGGGCGGUGCCCAGGCAGUUCAUCCCGGCGGUCGAGGCCGGGGUGCUGGAGGGGCUGCAGCGCGGCCCGCUGGGCUUUCCGGUGGUCGACGUCGCCGUCACCCUCAACGACGGGCAGUUCCACGCCGUCGACUCCUCCGAGAUGGCCUUCAAGACGGCCGGGCGCAUGGCCAUGCAGGACGGGCUGCCGCACUGCGAGCCGGUCCUGCUGGAGCCGAUCCACCUGGUCCGGGUCAGCGUGCCCAACGCCUACACCAGCAAGAUCCACGGCCUGCUCUCCGCGCGCCGCGGCCAAAUCCUCGGCUUCGACGCCAGGCCCGGCUGGGAGGGCUGGGACGAGGUGCAGGCCUACCUGCCGGCGGCCGAGCUGGGCGACCUGAUCAUCGAGCUGCGCUCGCUGACCCAGGGGAUCGGCAGCUUCACCGCCAGCUUCGACCACCUUUCCGAGCUGACCGGGCGCCUCGCCGAGCGGGUGGUGCAGAACCGCCAGGCGGAGUUGUCUUCGACGAUGUCCGAUGCUGCCGAAGCGGCGGCGCGCCGGCUGCUGGCCGCGCGCCGCGACCGCACCCCGCUCGAUGCCCUGCCGGAGGCGCUGCGCCCGGGCGACCUGGACGCCGCCUGGGCGGCGCAGCGCGCCUUCGUCGCGGCCAGCGGGCAGACGCCGAUCGGCUGGAAGCUCGGCGCCACCAGCCGCCGGGCGCAGGCCUUCCUGGGGGUCGACGCGCCCUUUGCCGGCGUGCUCUUCGCCGAGACGACGCGCGAGCUCUCCACCACGCAGGCGACGCAGCCGCUGAGCUUGCGCGCCGACGACUUCCUCUUCCGCCUGAUCGAGCCGGAGUUCGCCCUGCGGCUCGGCCGCGACCUGGAGCCCGGCGGCGCGCCGGAGGAGGUGGCCGCCGCCGUGGCCAGCGUGCAUCCCGCCGUCGAGAUCGUCUCCAGCGCCUUCGGGGCGGCCUGGACCCGGGUCGGCGGGCUCUCGCUGAUCGCCGACAACGCCGCCCACGGCGGCUUCGUGCUGGGGCCGGGCCGGGCGCUGGCGGGCUUCGGCGACCUGCUGGAGCGGCGGGUCCGCCUGACCGUCGACGGCCGCGAGAUCGGCACCGGCAGCGGCGCUGCCGUCGAGGGCGGCGGCCCGCUGGGGGCGCUUGCCUGGCUGGCCAACUUCCUGGCCGGCUACGGGCUGCGGCUGACGGCCGGCAGCCUGGUCACCACCGGCGUGGUCACGCCCUUCGUCGAGGUCGCGGCCGGCCAGGCGGCGGCGGCCGACUUCGGCCCGCUCGGCCGCCUCGAGCUGCGCAUUUCCUGA